CUGCGAUACGCCCGCUCUCCCCUCCCACCCCCAGUGGAAGUGGUUCAGCCCGAGGACUUCUCAUUCAUAAAAAGAAAAGACUCCGCUAGGAGCGAGUGAGUCAGAACCGAAGCCGCCGACGCGGACCCCACAAAGCAGCCAGCCCAGGGCAUGUUCCGAGACUACGGGGAACCCGGGCCGAGCUCCGGGGCCGGCGGUGCGUACGGCGGCCCGGCGCAUCCCCCGGCGACAGGCCAGCAGAAGUUCCACCUCGUGCCAAGCAUCAACACUGUGAGUGGCAGCCAGGAGCUGCAGUGGAUGGUUCAGCCUCACUUCCUGGGACCCAGCAGCUACCCUAGGCCUCUGGCCUACCCCCAGUACAGUCCCCCACAGCCCCGGCCAGGAGUCAUCCGGGCCCUGGGCCCAACUCCAGCAGUGCGUCGCCGGUCCUGUGAACAGAUCAGCCCCGAGGAGGAGGAACGCCGUCGAGUGAGGCGCGAGAGGAACAAGCUAGCCGCGGCCAAGUGCAGGAACCGGAGGAAAGAACUGACCGACUUCUUGCAGGCGGAGACCGACAAACUGGAGGACGAGAAAUCCGGGCUGCAGCGAGAGAUUGAGGAGCUGCAGAAACAGAAGGAGCGCCUGGAGCUGGUGCUGGAAGCCCACCGCCCCAUCUGCAAAAUCCCGGAAGGGGCCAAGGAGAGCGAAACCAGCGGCACAGGCAGUACCAGUGGCACCAGCAGCCCACCAGCCCCCUCCCGCUCUGUGCCUUGUAUCUCCCUUUCCCCAGGGCCUGUGCUUGAACCCGAAGCAUUGCACACUCCCACGCUCAUGACCACACCCUCCCUGACUCCUUUCACCCCCAGUCUGGUCUUCACCUACCCCAGCACACCGGAGCCCUGUGCCUCAGCCCACCGCAGGAGUAGCAGCAGCAGUGGGGACCCCUCUUCUGACCCCCUUGGCUCCCCAACCCUCCUGGCCUUAUGAGGCACUCCAGCCCCCACUCCCUGCGGGUGCCACCCUCACCAAUAUUUCCCUGCCCAUUGGUCCAGCUGGCCUGGACCAUAUCUCAUGUCCAACCCCAGCAGAUUCUUCUCCAUCCCUCCAGAUGAGACUGGGCAUAUUUUGCUUCCUGGUAGUGACAGCUUGGGGCUACCAAAGCUGCCCACUGUUUCUCUAGAGCUGGCCUCUCUAGCACAAUUUGCACUAAGUCAGACACAAAAUGGUUCCUGUUUGUUGGAGAAAAUUCCGGGCAGCUCCCAAGGGACUUUGUAGAUUCUCAGAGGUCCUAUGGAGCCCUAAACCCCUCCAGAUCACCCCUAUAGUCAUCAUCACCCUCUUCCUGUGAUUCACCCAAUCCUACCCCUGACAGGAGGUGAUGCUCUACCCGCGAGAACACUAACUCACCCAGCCCCACUGCCAGCAGCACCAGGUUAUUGAACCAGGACACUCUGCCAGCCCCUCCUAAAUGGAACAGCUCAGGAGGGUGCCAGAGGUUUCUGUGAUGAGCUGACUUGCAGCCCCCAGCUCUGAGAAGACUUUAGCUCCAAGCCUCCACAGCGUGGGCAGCUGCUAUUUAUUUUCCUAAAGAGAGUAUUUUUAUACAAACCUGCCAAAAUGGAAUAAAAGGCUUG